AUAAAGCGAAAAUCAAAAUUGCAAAACAAUAUAUGCAUGAAACCAAUUUGGAAAAACGGAGAUGAUUUGAGAGUGAAAGUGCCUGUUUCCCUGUCCGCCGCGCUUAGAGAGUAACCGAAGAACACCAGCAUAUGCAUAUUUUAGAUCCAAUUGAAGUCUCUCAUUUCCCCCUUUGCGACGAUGUCAAGGAGACCUACAGCUGGUCGACGCCUUGCUGACAGUGGGAGCAUUCCUUUUGAGGGUGCACUGCACUCGAAAUCCCAUACAUCUCCACUAUUGUCUAUCGGCCUUUUUGUUGUGGGAGCUUUGCUGAUUAUUGGUUAUAUCUAUCAUGACUCAGGUGGCAGGAAUGGCGACAUUGGCUCCUUGAAUAGACUUGAUGGUGGUGUUUUAGGCACUCAAGAAAUUCACAGACUAAUACCUAUUCUAAAGAAAGCAUAUGGCAACAGCAUGAAGAAAGUGUUGCACGUGGGCCCAGAUACUUGCUCGGUAGUCUCUCAGCUAUUAAAAGAGGAAGACACAGAAGCUUGGGGUGUGGAGCCGUAUGAGCUGGACGAACCUGAUAGCAACUGCAAGAGCCUUGUGCGCCAAGGAAUCGUGCGUGUGGCUGAUAUCAAGUUUCCUCUUCCUUACAGGCCUAAGUCUUUCUCACUCGUCAUAGUCUCAGAUGCAUUGGAUUACUUGUCGCCCAAGUAUCUCAACAAGACUGUUCCGGAGCUUGCCAGGGUAUCUGCUGAUGGCUUGGUUAUAUUAUCCGGUUACCCAGGUAAGCAGAAGGCUAAAGUGGCCGAGCUAUCCAAGUUUGGGCGCCCCGCUAAAUUGCGAAGCUCAUCUUGGUGGAUAAGAUUUUUCACCCAGACAAGCUUAGAAGAAAAUGAAUCUGCUAUCAAGGAGUUUGAACAGAUAGCAGCUAAGAACUCAUACAAGUCAGCCUGCCAAGUUUUCCACCUCAAACCAUUGCUUUGAUCAUCGGUAUAAACAUAAUAGCAAAAAUAUUUACUUUAAUUGUCAUUCUGGAAAUUCGUGUUAGUUUUUCUCAAUACAGAUUCUGGGGUACCUAAAUAUUUAAUUCUGCAUUUCUAUUCCAAUUAUUUUAUUUAUUUCUUAUUCUGAUAGUAACUAGCAUCGAGCAAGAUGUAACAUUCUUACAUGUUGAUUUACUUUUAGCGAAAAAUGCUCUGCAGAAUUAUUCAAUGUACUUUUCGAUGAAGUAGAGGGAAAGUGGAAAAAAGAAAUGAAAAUGAGCAAAUAUUAAUCCCAAUGC